GGGACCUGCACAGAGUUAACACUGAAAUGGAAACCUCAAGCCAUCAUUUUGCAGGAAAGCAUAUAGACAGCCCCAAUAUAACUCCAUGUCAAGAGAUUAUAAAAGGAUAAAUUAUAAAAGGAGAGAUUCAGACUCUCUCAGGACUCCUUUUUUGGAGCUAAUUUCCUUUCGUCUUAUCCUAGCUCCAUUUUCUAAAGAUACUCUCUGGUAUCACCCAAGACCAUAUGGAAUGAUCAGAAAAAGGAACUUGAUAUAAAGUCACCACUGACAAGUCUAUAAAGAAGUUACCUCAGUAUCUGGGAUUCAACAUUCCUGAAGAGACGACUGAGCUGAGGACUCCAUACCCUGCUGGUCUUCUGCACCUCACAGGCAAAUAGCUGGACCACCAUGAGAUUUAUUUUCUGUUUGAGUGUCCUUGCUGGGACAUCUUUCUUUGCUUAUUCAUCUGAGCAGAAAGAAGAUCCUGCUCCCUACUUGGCAUACCUCAAGUCUCACUUCAACCCCUGUGUGGGUGUUCUCAUCAAAACCAGCUGGGUGCUGGCCCCAGCACACUGCUACUUACUAAAUCUGAAAGUGAUGCUGGGAAAUUUCAAGAGCAGAGUCAGAGAUGGUACAGAACAGACAAUUAACCCCAUCCAGAUUAUCCGCUACUGGAACUAUAACGACAGUGCCCCACAGGAUGACCUCAUGCUCAUAAAGUUGGAUAAGCCAGCCAAGCUCAACCACAAAGUCCAGAUCCUUCCCCUUGCUACAAAGAAUGUCUUGCCAGGCACCAUCUGCUUGCUCUCAGGUUUAGACUGGAGCUACCAAAACUCUGGCAGACAUCCUGACUUACGGCAGAACCUGGAGGCCCCUGUGAUGACUAACAAAGAGUGCCAGGAAACUGAACAAGGAAGAAAACAUAGGAACUCCUUAUGUGUUAAAUUUGUGAAAGUAUUCAGCCGAAUUUUUGGGGAGGUGGCUGUGGCUACUGUCAUCUGCAAUAAUAAGCUCCAGGGGAUCGAGGUUGGACACUUCAUGGGAGGGGAUGUCGGCAUUUAUAUCAAUGUUUACAAAUAUAUAUCCUGGAUUGAAGAUAUCACUAAGGACAAGAAAAAAUAAUGCCCUACUUCUCCCUCUGUAUGCUCCUGUGUAUCACUGACUAUUUAAGCCCACAUUCUCUCUAAGCUUAAAUAAACUCUCCAGAUAGAUAUUCUGGGAUGC